AUUUGAACCUGCCAGUGUAGCCCAGUUAUUGCCCAAUGCGGCAGUCGAGCCUUAUCACAUAAAAUUUUUCUUAUCAGUGAGACGCCCGCGCUCUGCCAAAUGAAAUUGAAUUAUCAAUGCCGAACUGCAAAAUCAUUUGACGAGAUCAAAAGCGAAAAAGAAAGGCUGCAGAUUGAUUGAUAAACUGUUGAUGGGUUUCGUAGACAAUCGAUCCGUCAUGAAUUUUUUGUCAGGUACCUUGUUUUGUUCUUUUCUACAAUACCUGGCAAGAUCUCAACAACAUCCAACUUCAGUAAAAACCACUCACUAGACACUUGCUGCUAAACUCCAGAUAGUUAUAAUCACAGAAGAAGCACGUCAUAGAACUCACCAAUCGAAUGCUUAGAGCUGAAAGGCCGAAAGAGAACAUUUAUCAACACUGGGACAUUAGACACAAUGAAUCAUGUUGCUCUGCAAAACUCAGAGUCGACGCUGACGAGGCCCCAAACUUCAAGAACUCAUAGCUUGGAAACAAGAGGAAGGUCAACAAGUAUAAGAUCAAAUAAUCAAGAGCAAGGUAUAAUGCAACACCAACAGUCUGAACAGAUAUACCAAUUUAGACCACCAGAAGUUGUGAAAAAUAUCCAGAAAGUCCCCAAUGUAAGGGACCCAACGUUUGAGAAAUCAAGAUCAAGAGAAACUUCAACAGUUAGAAAAGAUUAUUUGAGCAAUGUGGAAAUUAUCGAUAUGAGAAGGUCCUCCAGUGCAGCUUCCACAAAUUUUAAUAGACCUUCUAGAGUGCCUUCAAAUUUGAACCCAAAUCCACAAUAUCCAUCAACACAUCAUGUCAACAAUCGCUAUAGGAACCCAAUGUCUGCGUAUAGCAGUAAUGAAGCAGUGGAUACUAUUGUGCCCAAUCAUUCAAACAUUUUGUAUCAAAAAUAUCAAAGACCAUCAAUUACAAGUAAGCCUAGUAUUGAAUCCAAGGCACCAUCCACUAUAUCACAGUAUCAAACACCCAGAUCAAAUGUUUCUGUUUCAAUGGAUCAAGAUUUAGUACCAGCAUUCAAUGAUCUCAAGAUGGAGUUGGGUGAUGCUAUGAAUGAUCACAUUGAUAAGCAGACAGAUACUUUUCAAACUGAUAAUAGAUAUGUGAACUCUGAUUCAAACAGUACAAAAUCUAACAAUUCUGAGAACCCAAGCUUGUUAAAUGAUGCAAAUACAUCACCUGAAGAGCCAAUUUUCAAAACAUCUAUUAGUGAAGAGAUCAGCGAUGAAAAACAACUGCCCAAGCAUGUUGAAAAGUUUGGUAGAAUUCAGCAAAGAGUCAAUUUUUUGAAGCAAAUGAAAGAUGAAGAUUCAAAUAAUUCAGCUUGGAAAAGCGUUAGCGUUGAACAAAAAAUGUUUUUCGAAUCAUUGAAUAAUGACUUGAGAAAUUUGAAAAGGUCAAACCAUAAACCAUUUUUGAAAUCAUUGGAGAGAACAGAUCAAUCUGAGAAGCAAGUAUUAAAUUCUUCAGCUUCUGUUACUAGCACUCAAUAUCUAUUGAAAACAUAUAACCCAAUGACUGAAGGUAAACACCACUCUUUAGCCAAACCACAUCCUACACCAACAAAGGAAAUUGAUAUAGGAAAAUUGAAACAGCUCUUGAGUCAAAGCACAAAACUUGCAGAGAUGAUGUGGGAAGCUGAAGAAGAGAAAUACAGACCUUCACAAAUAACAUUCAAAUCAGAAAACAAAUCUUCAACAGAUACAGCUGUUUCUUCUUUGAAUUCAGAAGCUUUCAGUGUUAAAUUAGUUUCACAUACUUAUGAACCAAAAGACCUGGAUGCCAUCAAGGAAUCUUUUGAUGGCUAUGAAAUUAGUACAACUCACCAUAAUGAGACUGGUGAUGUAAGACGUAUGAAUGAUUCCAAACAAGCCAGUCCACUAUCACAAAGAGUCUAAAAGCC